AUGAAGAGAUCCCCCGAGGACGACUACCCAACGCCUCCCCGCAGCACCAAGAGGAUUCGGAUCCGCAUAAGGGUUGAAGCCAAAGCCACGAACAUCCGAAAGAAGGCCCCCAAAGCCAUCACCAUCCCCCCUAAAAGUCCAAGCAUGGAUAAGAUCAGGGUGGUACACAAGGUCCCAAAGCCACCCAAGGGCGCCUACAACGAGGAGUUCUUCGACCUCACAUCCUGCCGCCUCAUAAACCCUCUACCGGUGAAGUACGAGCUGCUCACCCACGCCAGCCCGUCCACCGGCACAAGAACGCCGUCGGAUAUCGAGCCCCGUUUCUGGUUCCCGGCGCCCAUCGAGGACGACAUCAAGAAAAGGCUCUUCCUCCACCCGAGGAACCGCGGGAUCGUCUGGGUCGGCCGGUUCGCCGAGGCCAAGCUGGAGGCGGAGAAGAAGAAGUACCACCGAGUCAAGGACCUGUGGCUAUUCGAGGCGUCGGACGCGUACCUACCCGGCUAUGACAAGAAGGCCGAGUUUAUCGCGCGGGCCUUCGAGGACGAGAUGCUGAGCCCCUGGGUCGUCGGCUGGCUGAGGGAGCUGAUCGGGGCGGAAGCGGUGGGCAAAAUCCUCGAGCAUGUCGAGGCGAACCUGAGGAGGGCCCUGGCGAGGAAGGAGUGA